AUGAGGACUUACAUCGCAGCUAUAUUGCUCGAAUGGUUUCUGGUAAACACUGCGGAAGCCCUCUCGGUCCAAGAGAACUACACCAUAUGUAACUGGGCCCGACUUCGAGCGGGUGUGAUUCGAGAUGCUCUCUACCUCGACGGAGGUUUGCUCUGGUGGCAGACUGCAUUUGCGGAUGGAACUGCUCCGGUAGUGAGCAGUGAUGGCAAUGUGGCUGGAGACAUGUUCCGUCUCAACUUCUCAAUACCAUUCGAUACCACGAAAACCAAUGUAUCAGGCCUCUUCGACCGGAUGCCUAAGGCAGGUGGUGCAGGAAACAAUAUCGCUCCUAACUAUAUCGACGGGACAAUGUUCACCAACGAUGGAGAGCUAUAUCUAUAUGGUGGACUUCCUCGUCUCACCGACUCUGUCUCUGCCCAAAGUGCCGAUGUUGUCCUAGGCUACGAAGCCUUCCAAUACGGUCCUGACCGACAGAGCUGGGCUCCUGGCUUCUACCAAGGGAGCCUCCCCAAUGGCGUCACCAGAUAUAUCACGAAUGGAGCCGGCAUAUCUGCCCCUAGUGAGAAUCUAGGCUUCUAUCUCAGCGGUAUGCGAUCACCAGAUUGGGGGCCAAUCUAUUAUGACGAUUCGUCGGCCAACGAAACCGCCAACACUCUUAUUCAAGUCGAUAUGGCAACUAUGAGAGGUGAAAAGUGGACAAACAUGACGCUUCCAGACAAUAUCAAACCACGAGCCAAUGCGGAACUCGUUUGGAUCCCUGUGUCCAAGCAAGGGGUCCUGGUUGCGAUCGGGGGCGUCACUGCGCCAGAGGAGAUCUGGGCAUCAGGCCUCAAUGACUCGCAGACUUCGGAAAGUAAAGCACAGAGUCCCAAUUUCAUGAAAAGCGUGCCUGUGUACGACAUUGCCACGCAGACCUGGUAUUUGCAGAACACCACGGGUGAUGCUCCUGGCCAGCUCACUGAAUUCUGCGCGGUUGUCGCCGCUGCGGAGGACUCGUCGUCUUUCAACGUCUACGUUUACGGAGGUUACGAUGGCCUCGAUGCCGACGAUCUACCAUCCGACAACGUCUGGAUUCUGUCACUACCUGCUUUCACGUGGGUCAAAGCGUACAGUGGGAAGCAGUCGCAUGGCCGCUCCGGUCAUCGUUGUAUCAUGGCUUAUCCCGACCAGAUGUUCGUGGUGGGCGGUGUGCACCAGAAUCAAGCCAAUUGUGUCGAAGGUGGUGUUAUCCAGGUAUUCAACCUCAACAAGCUCGAGUUCCAGACCAGCUAUGACCCGAAUACCUGGUCUCACUAUAAAGUCCCCGCGAUGGUUACUAAAGCUAUAGGAGGUGACGCCCAAGGAAGCUCUGCGAAGACAGCGGUUUGGUCUAACAAUGCUCUUGCUGGCAUUUUCGCCCAAAAGUACACCAAACAAAUCACACAUUACUACCCCUACAAGUCCAGCGGUGGGGCCUCGAAACGAGGCAGCUCAGGAGUGAGCAAAGGAGCCAUCAUCGGCAUCAGCGUUGCGGCGGCCGUGAUAUUCAUCCUCGGUAUUAUCUUGCUGUUCUUGCUCCUUCGUCGCCGCCGCAUCAUACGCAGUGGCUCCUCCGACAAGUCGGGCCAAUCCAGCAGCAGUCGGGUCUCGCGCUGGCUGAACGGCGCCUCGUAUGCCUCCAAUCCCAAACAUGGCUCGUCAAGUUCGCCACCGGAUGUCCAACAGGUGCCCUACCACUCCCACUCGGACCGACACGAGCCGACACCCACCCUCCAAACACAGCGUCACGAGAUGGCAAGCACGGAGAGGCCUAAACCUCCCUUUGAGCUCGCCACGCCGUACAACAGCCUCGACCACCCACGUCACUCGGGUAUAGUGGACUACGCGUACAACGCCAACUACGGCCACACAUUCUCAACACCGAACUCCAACUCCAACUCCAAUUCUAAUUCCCAUUCCAACUCGUCAGGCCAAUAUCAGCCUUCGCCACUCACCAGUGUCAAUGGGCAGUCCAACAACAACAACAAUAACAACGGAGCCUCUCUGCUACGCAGUGUCCAUGUACCCGGCUUGGGCGGCAACAACAUGUCCGACGAUGUCGAUGUCUCCAGCAACAAUAGCCACCAAUCCUCCGCCGGGACCAACGAGACUCCGCCAUGGCCCUUGCCCGCCACGCAGAAUACCUGGCGCUACAACCAAGGCCCGACCCGGCGGUUUCUGCAUGACAGAGGGCGUGGCAGCGACAGUAGUUCAAUGCACCCCAUCAUCCAGGAGCUUGAUGGGAAUAGAUAUCAGGACGGUAACGGCGACGGCAACGGCACUAGAGAUGAGGACGAUGGUGGAGACUAUCCCUACCACCACCGGGACGAGUCGAGCAGCAGUGGGAUCGGCACGCUGCCGUCACCAGCCAACGUCCACGAGGGCAGUUCGAUGCCGCAGGAUGAAGACCACCGACGAAGCAUGUUUGGAACAAUUAGCCCCGUCAGUCCAAUCUUGGGUCGGCGUCAGCGGUUCUAG